UAACAUCCACCACAUGUGUCUGUUUCACCAUAUCAUCUGAGGUUGCUGUGACAGAAUAGGUGCCAGGGGAAACUUCAAUGUAGAGAUCUUUGGAAGCCUUUCUAGUCUGAAAGGGGACAAAAUAAACGGUCCUGCUCCCCUGGACCACAUCCUAGGAGGUGCAUGGGCGGCUGACGGCAGUGGAAAGGAUCGCCUGGCUGAUCAAACUCAUAGCUGGUCAUCACAGAUUCAAGGUGUUUGGGAAGUACUUUCACCCAUCCGAGCGCAUGGAUUUCCUCCUCACUGCUAUCAACGGCAUGAGAGACACCAGCGUCCAUGACUUGGUGGCGGCCAUGCACAUGCUGCAUGUGAUCCUGGAGAUCCCUGGCCCAAGCGUGGAGAGGGUGUUUGGGAAGUACUUUCACCCAUCCGAGUGCAUGGACUUCCUCCUGACUGCUAUUGAUGGCAUGAGAGAUACCAGCCUCCACAACUCAGUGGCGGCCAGGCACAUGCUGCAUGUGAUCCUGGAAGUUCCCGGCCCAGGCUUGGUGAGGGCCACAAGAGCCCUGUACGAGAUCCUCCAGGAGCAGGCCUGCAGGCAGAAGAUGAAGGAGCUCUUUCCUCAGCUCUACAUCGCUCUGCUUUUCCACAUCACCUACACGGUGGAGCCGUCCAUGAAGAACAUUGCUUUGCACCAGAGGGUUCAUAACCAUGAGGACACGCCCACACUCCUCAGCUCUGUCAGGGCCAUGGUUUCGAUCCAUUUCCAAGAGCGUAACUGGAUUUUCCACAAGCUCAUGGCCAUCCUUAACUGCAGGGACGAUAGGCGGCACAUCCUGGCCAUGGCAUUCUUCAUUCAGAAGCGGUCCUGGAUCUUGCACCAGCUGAUGGCCAUCCUCGACACCAGAGACAAAAAGUGGCACAUCCCUGCCAUGGCCUUCUUCAUUCAGCUCCUCCAGUAUCCUGACCUCAGCAAUGAGCUGGAAGAUGCCAUCCUGGACCAGAUGAGCAGGCAGCUGAGAGACCCCAAUACUGUGAUGCGCUGGUUGGCGCUCAAAGGCCUCCUCAACCUGGCCCUUCACCCAGAGAAGCACUCGCUCUUCUGA